AUGCUUGAUUGCUCCUCUAUCAAAGCCGUUCUACAAGAGGAAGACAGUCCGGGGUCUACCAUGGCCUUCAGCCGUACCUCCUUGUCACUGCCGGGAAAUUUGAAAAACAACAACUCUAUUUACAGCUGGUGUGAAGUCAUGAGCUGUUACAAUGACUUCAAGAUCAUACCUUCCAUACCACGUCCAUCAGCUUUCUGGCCGACGGCUCUUGAAUCAUGGGAUAUAACUGCUAUCACUUUCUUUCUGGCUUUUUGGCAAUUUAAAGAGAUGCAUAAGGCAUUAUACAGCGACGAGACUACGCGCUGCAAAGGGUUAGAGUGGGAUACUUGGCUAAUCCUAGCCUGGGACCUCGCUUCUUUUAUCUGGUGGUGCAUUGGUUUUGGCAGGUUUGCCUUCAUUCCAACACGAUACCCUGCUCCAUCCAUGCUCGGCUGGGUUGCGAUAUGGAAAUAUUCUUACAUGCUGGGUUAUCACCCGUAUGACUGUGUCCUCCGACGCGCUCCUAAAACGGCACAACAAAUUACGCAGUGGACAUUCAACAUACUAGCAGCUCUGAUGUGGAUAGCUUCGGCAUACAUCUGUACAUACAGCUUGCAAGCUGCUAGCAGAAAGUGGUCACCAUAUGACGCAUACGACUGUCUCGCCUCUCGCAUCGUGGAGGCACCCGGAGCGUCGACAUGCUCAGCAGAGCAAAUCUGCUCUAAACAGGCACUUUUCACCUCCUACAUGUUCAAAUUUGACCAUCAAUACUUCCCGGGUGUCACGAAUUUUCUUGGUACUUUUAUAUCCCUUUCCAUUGUUGCGCUAGCUAUGGUAUGCACCCUCGGUAUCUUCCCGGUGAUCAGUUAUAUGUUUAAAGGGGGUAGUGUUCGAAAAUGGAGAGAAAUAGCAGCAGCUCGAUAUGAUGUUGGGUUUAACGGGGGUAUAUGUCUAGUAUCGGUUGGAUAUAUAAUCUACGGUGCUUUGACUAUGUUUGAUGUGAUCAACGCAUUCAAAUACAGUCGUGAGGGCCCGGUCGCAUUUUAUUGGGACUGCACCGCGUUGCAUGUCAACGUGAGCCCGUGGCGGUACUAUUUGGAUGUGGAUUCUGAUCGAGUGGUGCGACUUGCCAAAAUGUGGUUUAAUUCAUGA